AUGGACAACCUGACAUUCAAAUACAGCGUUCUGCUGGUGGAGGGACUGAAAGUGACACCUCAGUCUUCUUAUCCUGUGUUCAUUCUGCUUCUCUUGGUUUAUAUCUUUAUAAUGGUAGCAAACAUUGGACUUAUAAUUCUCAUCUCAACAGAAAAGAAUUUGCAGCACCCUAUGCAUUUUCUGUUUUGUAAUCUACCACUAAAUGAUAUAUUAGGUACCACUGUCAUUUUGCCACGUUUACUGCGGGAUAUUUUAACAGAAGCAUCGGAACGUUAUAUCACAUAUGUUGAUUGUGUCGUUCAAGCAUAUUUUGUGCAUAUAUUUGUUGCAGCGUGCCACUAUGUGCUAAUAAUAAUGGCAUUUGACAGAUAUGUGGCUAUAUGUAAUCCACUGCGAUAUACGGCUAUAAUGACCAAUAAAAUGGUGGUUAAACUAUCAGCAUCAGCCUGGGGUUUGGCAGUAUUUGUUGUAACAGUUAUGUUAAGCCUUACUAUACGUCUCUCUCACUGCAGAUAUAAAAUUGAAAAUCCUUUCUGUGACAAUGCCUCACUGUUUAAACUGUCCUGUGAAGAAAGCGUGGCAGUUAAUAAUGUGUUUGGACUCAUUUAUACUGUGGUUUUAUUUAGCUUCUCAAUUUUGUCUGUACUCAUAACAUACGUCAAAAUUGCUACCGUAUGCAUAAAAAGCAAAAACAAAGCGCUUAACAGCAAAGCCAUAAAAACAUGCAGCAGUCACAUAGCGGUUUAUUUAAUCAUGCUUGUGUCUGGGUCCACUUUUAUUUUUCUCCACCGGUUUCCUCUCUACUCAGAGAGCAGGAAACUAGCCAGUAUAAUGUUUCACAUUGUACCACCAGGAUUAAAUCCUUUAGUGUAUGGUUUACAAACCAAAGAGAUAAGACAAAAAUUUGUUAGAUUUUGGUGCAGAAAAAAAGGAACUUCUUAG